GUUUCUGACCGGACCGGUUUUCAUUUCCGCCUAAACAUUGCCCUUGAUUUCCUCUAGAAAGUGAUAUGGAAAGUUAAAUGUCAAACGGAUUCUUACUUUAGAAGAGCCAGCUAUUUGGCAAAAUGGGUCUUCUGCCUGACGAAGCGAAGGUUUUGCCUCCGCCGGGGGUCGUUAACAGAAAUUCAGUGUGGUUUGGGCUGUGCGGCUGGGCGUCCGCGAUGCUGCACAACAGUUUAAACCGCAGACCUGCGCUCAAAGCCGGUGUUCAUCGCCAAGUGCUGUUCAUAACAGUUGGAUGGUUCAUUGGUUAUCAUCUUACAAAGUAUGAGAAUUAUAAAUAUGCCACAUUGGACAGGGACAUGAAAGAGUACAUGCGGCUUCAUCCUGAUGUAUUUCCAGAGAAAGAACCGAAGACAUUUGCUGAAAUCGUGGAGCCUUUUCAUCCAAUCCGUUGAAAGGAUUCUACAGUUAAAAUACUCUUGUAUUGAUUUAUUAAGUUGUGUCCUCGGUGUCAUUAAACUUUU